AUGUCUGACGAAGUUAAUCGAGAUUACCAAGUGAGCUCCUCGUCGAAUAAUCCAGGAUCGAUGGCUGAGUUUCGACAAUAUAUUGACGAAAGCCAUCAUGAUUUAGUCAAGCUGUUGACUCACCAGAUGACUACUGUUUUGAAUCCUAUCCUGGCAGACAAUGAGUCAAAAUAUGAUCGACUGGUUAAACAAGUCGAGAGAAUUGCUCGAAUUGUUGAUUAUGAUGAGGGGAAUGUAUUUAACAAUCCUGAAAGGGAAAAAAAUAUCCCUUAUCUCGUUCGACGAGAUCAACAUGCUGAUGAAGUUUUGAAUAGACUUCACACACAACGUGGAUAUCAUUACCAGGUGACAAGGAUUGUCGAAGAUGUCCUCAAUGGAAUGGUGCAAAUGACAGAAGUGCCAAUGGGUGUAAAAAAUCCCAAAAUAAUUAUAAAAUUUGCAGGAGAGGCUGGAGAGUCAACUGUCGAGCAUAUAGCUCACUAUUUGGUCGAAUUAGGAAAUUUGACAGAUAACGAAAACCUGAGAAUGAAGUUUUUUCCUGCUUCAUUAACAAAAAAUGCUUUCACUUGGUUUUCAAAUCUGAGACCCAGUUCGAUUUUAACGUGGGCACAAUUGGAAAAUACCUUUCAUGCUCAAUUUUAUAGAGCAGAAUUGAAUGUCUCAUUGACAAAUUUGCUUGCAAUAGAACAAGAUGAUGGAGAAUCGAUAGAUGACUAUAUAAUUCAAUUCAAAAAUGCUCGCAAUCGAUGUUAUGUGUCGGUCCCUGAAAGCGAGAUCGUCAAAAUAGCCAUCAAAGGUCUUGGCUUGUAUAUGCAUCGAAAGUUACUCAAUAUGCAUAUUCCAGAUUUAAUCUAUUUGGCUGAGAGAGUUCGACAAGUCGAAAAAAUAAAAGAAGAAAAGAAGAAAGAAAGAGAAAUUAUUGAAUAUGAGUUUGUUGAAAACUAUAUUCAACGAUGA